AUGAGCCUGACCAGGGCGCUGUACCGCGAGCUGGUGGCGGCCGCGCGGCUGCUGGACGGCCAUGCGUCUCUGCGCGCGCUCGUGUCGACGGACCUGCGCGAGUCGCCGCUCGCCCCCGGCUCCAGAACGCGGCUGCCGCACGUGGACGCCUUCAACCGCUGCCUGACGCGCUACCUCGGGGGCGCCAACUUCUACCUGCCGGACGCGCGACGGCCGCCGCUGCUUCAAAUCGUGCGCGAGGAGUUCCGCAAGCCGCCGCCAGCGGCUGCAGGAGACUCGGACGGCCUGGACACGGCCUUCGUGGCGCUGCGGGCGCUCAACAACACGCUGGCGGAGGCCAAAGACUAUGAGCUGCCGCCCACGCAGCAGUCGGAGGAGACGCAUACAAUCGGCGGCGUGCAACUCGCAGAGAAUGCGGCGUCGGGCGUGUUUCUGCUGGCGCAUCCGCUGCUGGAGGGGAUCUUCAGCCGCUCGGUGGUGAUUCUGACCGAGCACAAGCCCGACGGGUCCAAAGGAUACAUUGUCAAUAAAGUGAUGGAGAAGCCGCUGGGACGUGUGUUCCAGGUGCCGCCCAACGUGCUGCAUGGUCGAGCAGAGUUUGGUGGCCAGCGGAUACUCACGACCAACUUCCCCACGGCCGACGAUCCGAGUCUCUUUGUGGGCGUGGAUCUUGAGACGGCCGCGCGGGCGAUUUACGACGAGACUGCCAAGCAGACGGAUUUGGUCUUUAUGAACGGCGUGUCUGCCUGGUCCCCGGGUCAGUUGGAGAGGGAGUUGAGGCAGGGCUCGUGGGUCGUGGUGAAGGCCCCCGUGUCGCUCGCGAUUAACGCACCUGCAGAAUUGUGGCAGGACUUGAUGCGGACUCUCGGUGGGGAAUACGCGGAGAUGAGCUGUAUGCCACCGAUGGAGGAAGAGUGA